AUGUUACUAAGUGAGAAUAUUAAGGAAUUACUUCAGGAGACAAUAAAACCUGUACAAUUACUCGAGGGAAGCACGCCUCCUCAGUAUACCUCGAUGAUUAUAACCAGUAAAGGCAGUAUUCUAUGGUACGUGAACGGAACAACGCCAGAAAGCUACAAUUCCUCUCUAACAAACCUUAAAAUGAUGGCCUUGUUGAUCAAGGAUAAAUGGUGCGAAGACCAAGAUUUAACGGCCACUGAUACAAUUCACCAUUUUGAACUGGAAGAUCUACAUAUAGCACUGGCAAGAAUCCCUGAUAGUGAACUUUUGCUAGUUCUUAUUGCUGGAAAUGAGUUUCCAAACGGGCUUUUGGGACUGAAAUUAAAAUACGCUUUGCCAGCAUUCCAUGAUUUAAAAGGAUACAAACUUUCAAGCUAA